AUGGAGGCAAAUAAUCAGCACGAGAAUUCAAUAUCUGGCGAUCGACCUCCAGGUUUUGUAGAUGCUGUCCUAAAACCAAGUACAAGUUUACCAGAAGGUGUUCACCUUCAAGUAAAGGGUUAUGAUUUCAAUUCUGGUUUGGAUUAUGACGCUUUGUUUUCUUCUUUUGAAUGUAUCGGGUUUCAAGCAACCCAUUUUGCAAAGGCUGAGCAUGUUUUAAAUGCAAUGAUUAACAGACGAAAUCUUCAGCCUACUUCAAAAGAGGAAAUCGAAUUAGCACAAACACUACAAGACUUUCAUCCCUUGAAACGACCUCUGUUUGGAUGUACUAUAUUUUUGGCAUAUACAUCAAAUAUGGUGAGCUCGGGUAUUCGAGAGGUUAUACGCUUUUUAGCUGAACAUAAUAUGAUUGAUGUAAUAGUAACAUCGGCUGGUGGUGUAGAAGAAGAUUUAAUCAAGUGUCUAGCUCCUUCGUAUGUUGGAGAUUUUGAACGAUGGCGUGGUCAUGAAUUAAGAGAAAUCGGUGUAAAUCGUAUUGGCAAUCUACUUGUACCGAAUAAUAAUUAUGUUGAAUUCGAAGAAUGGCUUCUUCCCAUUCUGGAUCAAGUUUUAGAAGAACAAAACUCUCAGGGUAUUAACUGGACGCCAUCUAGACUAAUCAGUCGUCUAGGUAAAGAAAUUAACAACAAGGAGUCAAUCUAUUAUUGGUGCUAUAAGAAUAAAAUACCAGUAUUCUGUCCUGGAUUGACAGAUGGUUCUCUGGGUGAUGUUUUGUUCAGUCAUACAUAUCGAUCACCUGGUCUAAAGAUAGAUCUAGUUGAAGAUAUUCGAAAUAUCAAUCUACUGGCAAUUAAUGCACGUUCUACAGGAAUGAUAGUACUUGGUGGUGGCCUUAUAAAACAUCAUACAUUCAAUGCUAACCUAAUGCGAAAUGGAGCUGAUUAUUGUGUUCUUAUUAAUACGGGACAAGAAUUUGAUGGCAGUGAUUCUGGUGCUAGACCUGAUGAAGCUGUAAGCUGGGGAAAAAUUAAAGGAGCUGCUGAACCAGUUAAAAUUAAUGCAGAUGCCACUUUGAUAUUUCCUAUUUUAGUUGCGAGAACAUUUGUUAAACGAAUGCAACAGUGA